AUGGAGGGAGCCGAGUCGGGUUGGGGCAAGGUGACGUGCGGGUUGUGGAUCCGACGACCCGAGAAGGCGAACUUGGUAGCGUUGGGCAAGCCGGGGAGCAACGACCGCCCUUCUUCGCCAUCGUUGAUACAGAUUCUCUCUUUCGAUCCCAAGACUACUUCUCUUGCCUCUCUCCCUCUGGCAACUCAUGAGCUUGGGGCAAGUGAAGGCCAUCCCUUGACCAUCGCAGCGCACCCAAGCGGCGAUGACAUCGUGUUCUCCACAAGCUCUGCUGGAUGCAAAAUCUUGGAACUGUAUGGUCGAGAAUCGAAUCUGAAGCUGAUAGCCAGAAAGCCACCUCUUCUCCAGGACAUUGGCCCUCAGCAAUGCCUUGCCUUCAGUAGUGAUGGAUCCAGACUCGCAGCCGGUGGAUUGGAUGGUCAUCUCAGGAUCUUCAAGUGGCCGAGCCUCCGUGUCGUGUUGGAUGAACCGGCCGAGCGCAGCUCCUAUCGGGAUCUCGAUUUCAGCCUAGACUCAGAAUUGCUGGCCUCAACCUCCACUGAUGGUUGGGUGAGAAUAUGGAGGGCUGAAGAUGGCGUUCUCUUGGCUACCUUGGCUCGUUGUCCGGACGAAAGAUUUGAGCUCUGUCGAUUCUCUCGGGACGGGGCGAGACCCUUCUUGUUCUGCACGGUUCAGAAAGGUGACAAGGCCUUGACAGGAGUUUGGAACAUAAGCUCAUGGGACAGAAUCGGUCACAAGACAUUGCUUGGGAAGCCGGCCUCAGCUAUGUCCAUCAGUUUCGAUGGAAAAUAUCUCGCGCUGGGAGGCAGAGAUGGUGAUUUCUGCGUGGUCGAGUUGAAGAAGAUGGAGAUAUGCCAUUGGAGUAAGAGGCUGCACUCCGGUACCAACAUCUCGUCGCUGGAAUUUUGUCCGACCGAGAGGGUUAUAUUGAGUACUUCCAGCGAAUGCGGAGCAUCGGCGACGAAGCUAAAUGUACCGGCCGAGUGGAAAGAUUGGCAACUCUAUGGGAUACUUCUAGGAUUGUUUCUGGCAUCAGCGGUCGCACACUACAUAUUCUAUAAGAACUCUGAUUCAUUUUGGGACCUCCCCGAGGAGUGAACGACCAGCUAGGCAGGUGAUUGAAGCCGUCAUGCCCGAUCCGUAGUCGAACGGAUCGAAAAACAGACACGACAUGUUGGAAGACUGCUAAGGAUGUAGCAGCAGCUCGGGUUCAAGACGAGAAUGU